CAAAAAUCAAAUUCCUUCGAAACAAAUCAUUCAAAUGAAGGCUCCCAGACUGUUGACGACAAGGUACAGGACAGAGUAUUUCCUAAGCAAGCUUCGAAGAAUCGUGAGAACCGCAGAUGAGAUACGGAGUAAGUUGGCGAAAACUGGUGAAGUCACUUUCACAGACAAAUCCUCGAAGCGAUCGCUGGUUUCGCGAGAAACUAUCAGAUGAUGGAGUUCGAUUCCAAGACACCCAGGUCUCAGCUGUUUAUUUGAUUGGGCAUUCUUGUACGCAUGGAUGCCUACACUUAUCUAUUGAAGUUUUUAAUAGACAGGAGCGUUUCCAGUGCGUUACUCGUUCCUACUACAGAGGGGCCGCUGGUGCUUUAGUAGUAUACGAUAUUAAUGAUCGCGAUUCUUACAACGCUGUUUGUGCUUGGAUAUCCACCGUUCGUAACCUCGCUCUCCCGAACGUAACAAUUUUGUUGAUAGGAAAUAAGCUUGACCUGUCUGAAGAGCGCAGGCAGGAAGCUGCACAGCUGCUGUUCGAGACAUUUUCCGCUGCUCAAGAUCUGAUUGUCAAGUGCACGACCGGCCUUACCACACUAUGCGUUGCUUUAAUACUCCCAGUGAUGGAAGAUUCGCAACCAAGUCCCACAUCAAGCACAUCUGGCUCCCGUUCCCCCACCUCUUCCACAAGCUCUUUGCAUCCGCGCCAGUUCGCCCUCAUUGUGGCUAGCGUUGGUGAUUCGCAGGCCUUUCUACUCAGCAAAUUUCACGGAAUUCGUGAGUUGACUGGGUGGAUGCCCCGGAGUACUGCCAGUCCCGAUAGUUGCACUUUUCCGGAGGAUAAAACCAAAGCCUCCAGUCCACUUCCUUCAUCCCCGCCUGCAAGAGAUUUUCGCGAUUGCGGUGGUGCAUUGGGUUCCGUGUAUGCGGACAACAGCCCGGAGUUGAACAAUCUCAUAUGCGCAGGUGGGUUCGAACGGUAG